AUGAAUACUAUUUUAGGUGAUUUAGAUUUUGUUAAAAUUUUUGUCGAUGACGUACUUAUUUACAGCCCUAAUUUAGAGAGUCAUGUAACUCAUGUAGAAACUGUUUUAGUACCUAUGAAGAAUGCUAAUAUUACCAUAAACCUCGACAAAUCUAAUUUCGUAGUUUUUGAAGUUGAAUAUUUAGGCUAUCUUAUGAAUUAUGAAGGAUUAAAACCUUCACAAAGAAAUCUUGAAGCUUUAGAUAAUAUUAAGCCUCCAAGAACUGUUAAAGAUGUUAUGAAGCUUGAUGGUUUAAUUAUUUGGUUUCGCCCUUUCUUAAAGAAUUUGAGUAUUCAUAUUGCUCACAUCACUGAUUUAACAAGAAAUAGACAAAAAAGGAUAAAAUUUUAUGGCUACCUAAACAUCAAGAAGUUUUAG